CACCGCCCCCGGCUACGACCAGCCGCCCGCCGCCAUCGCCGCUUGCCUGCUCUGCCCUGCCCUUGCGCUGCGGCGUCCCGCAGACCGGUGCCCGCCUCCCCUCCUGCGCCAAGCGCCAGCCCGGCAGCCCGCCGUCCCCGUCUCCCCCUGUGACUACGGCUAGCGGCCGCCCCAGCCUCACUGUCUGCUCUGGCCGCUCAGCGCCCAGCUGCUCUGCAGCCUCUGCUCCCUUUCUCUCGGACUACCUCCGAAAAUUUCCUGGCUACGCCAUUGCGCCCGGCGCCGACGAGGAGUAGCAGACUAGCAAUCCGAAUCCGGUCUGAUCCCUCCAGUAAUGCACGAUGCGGCACCGUUCUCUUGCCGCUGCUGCCGCUUCCGCUUCCGCUUCUGGUUCAGGGACCAUAAGAAGAAAUGUUGCCUUGUUGCUGCCGCUGUUCUAUCAGCGCCACCAUCGCCGCUUCUCUUUCACCACUGUCGCAUGCUGCCUCCAUCCACCUCCAUUUGAAUCUACUGAGGACCAAGCGUCACUACAAGGGCAUAUCGCCCGCGGCGAGCUCUCCCGCGCUCGCCACCUGUUCGAUGAAAUCCCCAGCCCGGACGUUCGCGCCUACAACGACCUUAUCCGGGCUUACUCCUCCUCACUGUCCACCGCCAUCGAUGGCCUCUACCUCUACCGUCUCAUGCUCCGCCACCGCGUCGCCCCUAACAAUUACACAUUCCCCUUCGCUCUCAAGGCUUGCUCUGCGCUCGCCGACCUCCACUGCGGCCGCACCAUCCACCGCCACACCCUCCACAUGGGCCUCCAUGCUGACCUCUUCAUCUCAACCGCCCUCCUUGACAUGUACGUCAAGUGCUCUUGCUUCCCCGACGCCACCCACGUCUUCGCCACCAUGCCCACUAGGGAUCUCGUCGCCUGGAAUGCCAUGCUUGCCGGCUACGCGCACCAUGGCAUGUACCACGACGCGCUCACUCACCUUGUCACCAUGCAGGCCCAAGCUCGCCUUAGGCCCAAUGCCUCAACCCUCGUCGCGCUUCUUCCGCUCCUUGCCCAGCAGGGGGUGCUCGCCCAGGGCACCAGCGUGCAUGCCUACUGCAUUCGUGCCUGCCUCCACCUCAAGGUAACGGACAGGGUGCUCGUUGGCACCGCGCUUCUUGAUAUGUAUGCAAAGUGCGGGAGUUUGGCCUAUGCUCGCAGGGUGUUUGACGCCAUGCCCAUGAGAAACGAGGUCACUUGGAGCGCUCUUAUCGGAGGCUUCGUGUUGUGCGGCAGAAUGACCCAGGCCUUCAGUUUGUUCAAGGACAUGCUCGCCCUGGGGCUGUGCUUUCUUUCUCCGACCUCCAUUGCCAGUGCUCUUAGGGCUUGCGCCGUCCUAGACGAUCUCCGUAUGGGUGAGCAACUGCAUGCUUUGCUUGCUAAAUCUUGCGUCCACGCCGACCUGACUGCAGGGAACUCACUUCUCUCAAUGUAUGCCAAGGCUGGCUUGAUUGACCAGGCAAUAGCUUUCUUUGAUGAGCUGGCUGUCAAGGACAAUGUCUCCUACAGUGCGCUUUUAUCAGGGUAUGUGCAGAAUGGGAGGGCAGAGGAGGCGUUCCUUGUCUUUAAGAAGAUGCAGGCAUGCAAUGUAGAGCCAGAUGUUGCAACAAUGGUCUCGCUCAUCCCAGCUUGCUCACACCUGGCGGCUUUGCAGCAUGGAAGGUGUAGUCAUGGUUUUGUCAUAAUACGUGGGUUUGCAUCAGAGACCUCCAUAUGUAAUGCUUUGUUAGAUAUGUACGCAAAGUGUGGAAGGAUUGAUCUCUCUAGGCAGGUUUUCAACAUGAUGCCAUCUCGGGAUAUUGUGUCAUGGAAUACUAUGAUUGCAGGAUACGGACUCCAUGGACUUGGGAAAGAAGCCACUGCAUUGUUCUUAGAGAUGAGUAAUCAAGGUUUUGCACCAGAUGGUGUGACAUUCAUCUGCUUAAUUUCGGCUUGCAGUCAUUCUGGGCUGGUGACUGAAGGGAAGCACUGGUUUCAUGAGAUGACACAUAGGUAUGGUCUUACUCCCAGGAUGGAGCACUAUAUCUGCAUGGUUGAUCUUUUGUCAAGAGGAGGUUUCCUGAAUGAAGCCUACGAGUUUAUCCAGAGCAUGCCACUAAGAGCAGAUGUUCGUGUGUGGGCAGCCUUGCUUGGAGCUUGUCGGGUUUAUAAGAACAUUGAUUUAGGAAAGCGGGUAUCAAGGAUGAUCGAGGAGCUAGGGCCUGAGGGGACAGGCAACUUUGUUUUGCUGUCCAACAUAUACAGUGCUGCUGGGAGAUUUGAUGAGGCAGCGGAGGUUAGGAUAAUACAAAAGGUAAAGGGUUUUAAGAAGAGUCCAGGCUGCAGCUGGAUUGAGAUAAAUGGUUCUCUACAUGCAUUUGUUGGUGGAGACCAAUCUCAUCCGCAAUCACCUAAAAUAUAUCAAGAAUUGGAUAACAUUCUAGCGGGUAUUAAGAAACUGGGUUACCAUCCUGACACCAGUUUUGUUUUGCAUGAUGUUGAGGAAGAGGAAAAGGAGAAGACACUCAUCUAUCAUAGUGAAAAGCUAGCAAUAGCUUAUGGUAUCCUCAGUACUAGUGAAAAUAAGACCAUUUUUGUUACUAAGAAUCUCCGCGUUUGUGGGGACUGUCAUACUGUAAUCAAGCACAUAAGCUUAGUGAGGCGCAGGGAUAUCAUUGUAAGAGAUGCUAACAGGUUUCAUCAUUUCAAGAAUGGGCAAUGCAGCUGUGGAGAUUUUUGGUGACAGCACAAAGCUUGGUUUCGGCGAUGGAUUACAAUUCGAGCUGAUUUUAACUCUUUGAAUUUGAUGCUAUGAUUAAUUUUAGGUCUUUUCUUUGCCUCUUUAGUUGCUUGCCUUUUUCUUCAUGGUCGCCAAAGAGAAAAGUAAAUAGCCUACAAAAAUUAUUCUAACAACAUUAAAGAGCCCCUCCACCUAGAAAAGCAACAAUGGAGUCCAUUAUGAAGAGCUAAAUCACACAUAUAGAAAAGGUUAUAAACAAAUAUUUCUGUAACGCAUAGAUAUGGGAAGUAGUACUAAAAUCAACAAAAUGGUAAACCACAUCAAACAAUUGUUAUCUUUAGCAAAAGUAUUUAGCUGUCUGAAAAAGGCAAGAUAAAAUCUUCACAUCAGAUAAAAAACCGUCACCAAGACCUCCUAACCUUCCAGGUCUACUGUCAUCACCCAGUUCCUAUCAAAAAUUCUAAGUAGAUAGCAAGUUAUAUGACAAAUCAGCAUAAUUAUUACUCCAUCUGUCCCAAAAUAACUUCAUUUUUUACUAAUCACACCCCUACCAAUAUAAAAACGAAAAGACUAAAAUAUCAUCCACUUUGUCAUAUCCCAAUAUAAUCAUUAUCCAAUUUAUCUCUUCCCAAUGCAUUUAUUCCUUUUUUUCAUAAACUCCAAUGCAAUGAUUAGGGUUUAGGGAUUUUUUAGUAGCUGUACCCAUUUUUCAAGAGAGAAAUCUUAUAUUUUCUCAUGCUAUCCAGUACUUCCAGAUCGUACAAAGUCCAGCCUAAGUACAGGUGCCAUUGUUGGUAUUGUUGUGGCGACAUUUGCUGCUGCAGCAUUUCUUUCAUCCCUCAUUACUCGUUAUACUGAGAAGGCGUUCAAGAUAUUCUUCUUCAAAGAAACGCUCUGCAAAAAUAAUUCCAAUGAAGAUUGAUGGUGUAAAAGACUUCAGUUUUGAAGAACUGUCACAUGGUACAAACGACUUUAGUGACUCAGCACUAAUUGGUCAAGGAGGCUAUGGGAAAGUAUACAGAGGUAUACUCUCUGAUGGAGCAAUAGUAGCAAUAAAACGUGCACAGCAGGGAUCUCUUCAGGGUUCAAAGGAGUUCUUCACAGAGAUAGAAUUGCUUUCCAGGCUGCUUCACUGGAACCUUGUUUCAUUGCUUGGUUAUUGUGAUGAAGAGGACGAGCAGGUUGUUCCUGAUUGCCUGAUACUUUUUUUAAUAUAUAAAAAUCUAGGGGAUUGGUUUUACCAAAUGUUGAAACAUUCUGUGCUAAGAGAUUCAUGGCAGUCCUAUAUCGAUACUUCUGAAGUUAUGAUGCUGCUAUUUCUGCCUACCUAGUUACCCUAAAAAUUGUCUAAUGUAACAGUUCGAUCAAAAGAGCCCCUAAAUUUUCCCAUGAGGUUAAUCUCUAUUUGCACACAGAAGCAGACCCUCUAAUAUUUCACCGCGACAUCAAAGCAAGCAAUAUUUUACUGGACUCAAAGUUUGUCGCAAAAGUUGCUGAUUUUGGUCUCUCAUGGCUUGCUCCAGAGCCAGAAACAGAGGGUACCCCGGGUUAUCUUGGUCCGGAGUAUUUUCUUACUCAUAAGCUGACAGACAAAAGUGACGUGUACAGCCUUGGUGUUGUGUUUUUGGAAUUACAGACAGGGAUGCAGCCUAUUUCUCAUGGAAGAAAUAUUGUCAGAGGUUGUGGCGGCCAAUCAGUCUGGGAUGAUACUGUCGGUAGUUGUCUAGUUGACAACCGGAUGGGAUCGUGCCCGGCAAAAAGCGUGGAGAAGUUUGCUGCACUAGCACUGAGGUGUUGCCGAGGCGAGAGCGAGACAGACGCAAGGCCGUCCAUGGUGGAGGUGAUGAGGGAGCUGGAGGCGAUAUCGGAGGUGACGAUGGAGCCUAGCAACACAGCCACCCCAUCUGGGAUGGCUUCGUCAUCUGCAAAUGAUCAUCAUUGGUACAAUAUGUCGUCAUCCGAUGUGUCCGGCAGUAACCUUCUCACCGGUGUUGUGCCUAGCAUUAAUCCUCGCUGAACCGAUGUACGGUCACGUAUUAUCGUUCGUAGCGUAUACGUAUGCUUGACAUGUACAUUUUGUAUGUUUUGGACUGAAGAUUGAUGUUACAUCUUCUCUUGUGUGUUUAGAAAUUUAGGUGUUCUAGGUAGUAUUCUUUGUUUCUGCCCCCCUUCACUUCUAGGAUCAUGUAUAUACAACUUGCCUAAUGCCUGCUGCAUACACACACCUCGUUUUGAUAUAUUCUUCCGACUCAGGGUAUUAUUCUUGAACCGGGAAGAUCGAUAUAUGAUGGUCACCCUGUUUAGGGUUCCAAUCAUGUUUCUGUCUUGUAAGGAGAAAUGGACAGUGUGUUUCAGCCGGUCUGUUUCUCUGUCCAUAAGUUCCCGGCAGCCAAGGCUGGUGG